AUGAAACUCCUCGCCCUAAUCCUCGUCUUCCUGCUUUCCGUCCUCACCACCGCGACCCCCCUCGCGACCCCCCUCCCCGACGACACCCCCGCCUCCACCCAAGGCAGCAAGCCCAAACACGACCCCCUGACCCAAACCCCCGCCCACGAACGCCGCGGCGUAGCCUACAACGAUGUCGCCUACAACAAGCUCUUCCAAGGCGAUGGAACCCACGUCACCUGGCGCUUCAACUGGGACUCCUCAUCCGCCCUCUCACCUGCCUGGUUCCGCUUCAUCCCCAUGCUGCAUUCACUGCGCGACGAUCAUACGGGAAGGUGGAAAGACAAUGCGGAGGCGAUGGCGAGGAAGAAUUUCGAGGAUAACGGGUUUGCGACGUGGUUGAUGGGGUUUAAUGAGCCGGAUAACUGCAUUCCUGACGCAGGCGGCUCUUGCAUCGACGUCCCCACCGCUGUCGCUGGUUGGAAGAAACACAUGGAACCGCUCUCCAACUUCAACAGCGCGAUGUAUCUCGGUUCGCCCGCUGUCACUAAUGCCGCAGCCUCUGAUACCACGGGUCUGGGCUGGCUGGCCAAGUUUCUGGAAGCGUGCGAUGGAUGCACCAUUGACUUUAUCAACAUCCACUGGUACAACACCCUCCCCAACUCCGCCCAAAACUUCAAAGACCACAUCGCCAACGCGCGCAAAGUCGCCAAGGGCCUCCCCAUCUGGGUCACCGAAUUCCGCGCCGAAGGCACCGACGACGAGAUCAGGAACUUUCUGGACGACGUCAUGCCGUGGAUGGAUAAUUCGCAGGAUAUCCAUCGUUAUGCGUACUUCAUGGCGAGACCGGGCAAGGGCAUGCUGGUGAACGAUGCGGGCGGUAACAGCAGCCUCCCCAAAGUCCUCGUCCUCUUCACCGGCGGCACCAUAGCCGGCGGCUCCAUCUACGGCGCGCUUGACGACACGCAAUACGGGCAGCUCAGCCAAACCGGCGAAGACAUCAUAGCACGCAACCCGUACCUGCUCAACAACACGCAACUCGCCGUGUCCAACUGGACCACCGAAGACGAUGGCUCCACCGGCACAAACGACGCUCUAGUCAUGAACAUGACGCGCUUCGCACACGACGCGCUCUGUUCACCCGACAGCGACAUCGUAGGCGCAGUAUACACGCACGGCACGAAUUCGCUCGAAGAAACCGCAUUCCUCAUGGACUCACUGAUCAACUGCGGGAAACCCAUCGUCGGGACAGGCAGUAUGCGACCCUUCACCCACCUCUCCUGGGACGGAGAAGCGAAUUUCUUCGACGCAGUCAUGCUAGCUGCGAGUCCCGAGUCGCGGAAUAGAGGACUCAUGGUAGCGUUCAACGCACGCAUCAUACCUGGGUAUUGGGUAACGAAAUUGCAUUCGACCAAUCCGGAUGCUUUUGGUCCUACGUCUGGUGGUGAUUUGGGCAUCUUCAUUAACAGUUUACCGGUUUUCUUCAAUACACCGAGUCAGCCGCUGUGGAAGUACUAUUUCGAUGUGGGGACUGUGAGUGCGUAUCCGACGUAUCCGACGUUGCCGAAGGUGGAUAUACUGUACGCGGCCCGCGAGUUUGAUGGAAAGUUGGUACUGGAUGCGCACGCUAACGGCGCGGACGGUGUUGUUAUUGCCGGGACUGGAAAUGGUGGUGUGCCGAAUGGCGGAGACGAGAUUGCUGAGGCGAUGGAGAAAGGGCUUCAAGUCGUUGUUGGGACCCGCAGUCCGCAUGGGCCGUCGAGUCCAGCGCGGACACCUUCGUUUGCGAAGUCAGGCUUUGUGCAUCCUAUUCAAGCGCGGAUAAUGUUGCAGCUGGCGAUUGCGAGUGGGAUGAAUAUGAAUCAGACGAUUGAUGUGUUUGAAGGGGGAUUCAGGAAGGCCAUUGGACAGCCUUGGAGCCCGGGGAGUUGA